ACUGCAGGCUGUUGCUGAAUCUAAGCUUCCUGACUUCAAAGAAAUGUCGGCAGUUGGCAUGCAAUAUGCAAUUGAAAAACAUACUAUUCUGGAUAUUAAUGUAGAUCUCAAGUCUUCCUACAUUGUUGUACCACACUCUGGACUUUAUGAUAAAGACAAAGAACAAAACUUAUUGGUGGUGAACUUGGGUCAUUUUAGUAUGGUCUCCAUGAAUCAGGAUCGUAGCUCCAUUACUAGUGUGAAGAAUUUAUAUGACAAAGGACUUUCUGAUGAUGAGAUUGUGGAAUUCAUGGUCUCAAAGAGUUAUGAUAAAUUUAUGUUACGCCUCACAGAUAUUCAGAUUUUAAUAGUAUUGGAAGGAGAAGAUUGGGAAGGAACACUAGCAACUCCUCAACGGUGUGCAAUGCAUUUCUUGGAACCUACCUCUUUAGAAGUAAUACUACUGAAGUGCCUUGUGUGUGAUGAUCCUCGUUUGCCCAAGGUCAAAAUGGAAGCUGUUCUUCCUGCUGUUAUCAUAAAUAUUGAAGAUGAUCGUGUUUUCCAUUUGAUGUCAUUGAUCUUCAGCAUUACAGAAUUUGGAGUGGAAAUAGAGAAAACCGUAGAAACUCAACAAAAGCUGGACACCAUGUCAGUAACAUCAAGUAUGACUUCAGACUUAAAUAGAUUGAUGUCAGAAAAAAGUCUACAACACCGAAGACAACAUCAAUCAAAACAAAAAACAGAAAGUGAGAAAAAAUGUGAAGAUAUUGUGCAAGCAAUUGAUUUUCAAAUGGAUUUUAUAAUGAAAGAUUUAAAUGUGGCUUUGUUCAAGAAAUCUCCCCAAGAAGAGAAGGAAAGUGACCUUCUUCUUGACUUUAAAGUUCUUCGUGUGGUUUUCAAACUUGUUGCAAGGACUUUUGAUCUCACUAUGAACAUUAAUGUUGGCUCUGUGGAACUUAAUUUCUGUGAUGUAGAUCAACAGAUAGGAAUGCUGAGCACUCCUAUGACAGAAGGAGAAGAUAAAUAUAUGUUUCUUCUAAAAUUUGUUCAGGUUAGUAAAAAAUCGCCCGAGUUUCACAGUCUUCAUGGCAGCGUAGUUCAACUCGUAGAAAUGGAUGUAACAAGCAUGACUGUACUUCUACACCAAGAAGCUCUUCUGGCUUUAUGGGAGUGUGCUCGCAGUAUAAUGGAAAAUGUGAGUUCUCUCCAGGCCCCCCAGAUCCCUUCUAAAGAUGGUAGUCAACUUCCAACUUCUACUUCGUCUCGGAAAAUAACUCUCCCAGCUAUACGUGAAGAAGGACCGAGUUCCGUUGUUGCUCCUGUGAGACGUGGUAGACACCGGCGUGUAACAGAAGCUAUUGACUUGAAAAUUCUUUUGAAAAUUUUUGCAUUCCGUGUGGAAUUGUUAAAUAGUCAGCAAUCACAUGCUCAAUUUGCCUUAGAUGGUAGCUCUGUUGAUGUUAUUGUGAAGAAAUCAUACACAGAAGUUCUUAUAAAACUGAGGAAUUUUUCACUAUAUGAUCCUAAUCCUUUAACCAAACAUCAUGAGAUUGUAACUGUUAUGGGAGAAGAAGCACUCUCAAUACAAGUAGUAAUGUUUAAUGCUGAAAUGAUGGAUGCAGACUCUGUUGAUAUUGCUGUGAGUUUGAAGACCUCUGCCAUUCGCAUCUUUUUUCUCAAUUGGUUUGUUACACGAAUAAUGAACUUCAUUCACCCUUUUCAAACAGUGCAGAGAAUGCUAGAAGAAGCUGCUAAGGAGGCAGCUGAAUCUGCUUUGCAAAAUGUUCAAGAUGCCUAUGCAAAGGCAACAAGAGUGUCUUUGAACAUUGAUCUACAGGCACCUGUGAUAGUUAUUCCAGCAAAUUCUACUAGUACUGAUGCAUUGUACUUUGAUAUGGGUACUUUAACAGUAAAAAAUCGUUUUGAAACAUCAACGACUACAAAUGAUAGUGGUCAGAAUGCAGUCAUUGAUGAAAUAACUGUAGGUCUACAAGCUAUGAAACUUUUAAGAGUAAAGCUCAGCCCUGAAGAGGAAGUUUUGUCUGAAUGUGUUCUGCUCAAGCCUAUUACCUGUAAAGUGCUUGUUAGACGCAAUCUUUCUGCUGGGUGGUACACCACAGCUCCUGACAUAGAUUGCUCUGGGCGACUAGAAACUGUUCUGUUGAGCUUAAGUGAAGAUGAUUAUCAAAUGCUGCUUCGUAUUCCAAACGAAAACAUGCAAGAGAAAGAGGAUCCUCCUCUUACUCCUGUAAUGGAACUGAAUCGUCCAGUCUCUCAAGAUACAUGUGAAAUUAGAAUUGAGAGACCCAAAACUUUACAGAGCUUACCAAUUACAGGUUUGAAGUAACUCCUCAGGCCAAAUCUCCAACAGGACCAGUCACAACUACUGUUAAAUUUACUUUCACAAUGGAUAAACUUGUGGUGGAUCUGUUUUCAGGUGGUUCUGAGUUGGAAUAUAAAACAGCCGACUUGAGUAAACAUGAGGAGGGACUGGGUCGUUUCUCUUUGAACUUCCUGUCACUGAAAGGACAUGUUUUCUCUGAUGGAACACUUAGCACUUCUCUUUUGUUGGUGGACUGUCUUUUGGAUGAUACUCGCUCUGGAACCAAAUCAAAAAUAACAAGACUAAUGCAACGAAAGACAGAUGCACCUCAGGAUGUCAUUCAAACUGAAACACAAGAGGUAGCAGAAGAAUCUUUCAAGAGUAUGUUAGAUGUAACGUACCAACAGAAAGGCGAAGAUUCAUUUGUGGAUGUUCGGAUUUUUGGAUUUGACCUGGUAUUAAGUACUGAGUAUUUAAUGAAGGUGGGUGAUUUCUUUGCGGGAUGGACUUAUCAAGCCAGAAUGAAGGAAAUUGCAGAGGAUUAUAAAUCGGAAAUAGUACCUGCAACAACAAAGAGCAGCCGAACUACAACUAGAACUACAGCAAGCAAUAAAACAGUGACUAUUGCUGGUUCUUGCACUCACAAUAUUGUCCCUGAGAAAAAAGGCAAAAUGACUCUGAAUGUACGAGUAGAAAAACCUGAUAUCAUAAUGGUGGAGUCUGUAUCUGAUAUCAAUACCAAAGCAAUAGUAUUGAAUAAAGAACUCACCUUGAAAAUGCGCCUUUCAGACCAGCAUCAAGUUAUCUGUGGUUCAAUAAAAGAUCUAGAACUAUAUUCUUGUGUGUUCAAUCCCAAAAGACGAGCAGAAACUACUUAUCAGAUUCUGCGACCUUGUUGCAUUAGUAUUGCUGGAUCAACACCCGGAGGAGAAGGAUUACAUUUGGAUAUCUGUUUGACUCCAGUACGACUUAGUGUUUCUCCAGCGAUCAUUGAACUUUUAACUAAUGUGCAAAAAGGAUUGGUUCUGCCAGAACCACAGAAAAUUCAGAAAACAGAGGAACGUACUGAUUAUUCAGACAUGUGGCAACCUAAGCCGUUUUCAGAGGAACAAUAUUGGUAUUUUAAAACAGAUGAAGCUGAAGAAGCAAGUGAGAGCAUUUUUCUAGAGGAGCCUUUAAAGCCCACUGUGCAAGGAGAACUUUGUAUUGUGUCUGUCUCAUCAAUUGUUAUCACUGUGGAAGCUGGAGUUGGAAACCAAACUUUGCCAAUGAUUCUUAUUGAUAUGAGUUUCAAUGGAGCAAUAAACAAUUGGAGCUCACGUCUUUUUAUUGACAGUUGUAUGAGUUUGGAAAUCAAAUAUUACAAUAGUGCUCUAGCUUUGUGGGAACCUUUAUUGGAACCAGUAGAAGUGCAACAGGAAAAUGGAAUUGUUGCUCAUGUUCCUUGGGAAUUGCGUCUUCAGAUGCACAUGAACCCACUUGAAGCCCCUCCAGUAAUGAGUCCCACUUCAGAAUCGGAGGUGGAAGUGGAGGAACUUCAUGUGCAGCCUCCUUUGAUGGCCAUUGAAAUCUCUUCAAAAGAAAAUCUGGAAUUGACAAUCUCCAAGACAUGCUUGGAUGUUCUUGUCAAUUUGGGGAAGUCUUUCCAGACUGCUCUUGCAGGAUCUCUCAUACGUGCAGAAGCUGUUGCUCCUUUCACCAUAAAAAAUGACACAGGACUUGCAAUUGCUGUUAUAAUAGAGAAUUCUCCAUUUAAGGUCCUCAGCAGCAAUGAAAAUCGCAGACCACUAACUAUCGGAGAAGAGUAAUUGUGGAGAGUGGUGCAGAGUAAGAAUUGUUGUUUAUGCUGAUCCUGAUGAUUUGAAGAUGUAUGGAAUUUGGGUCUACAGAAAAACUGACAUCUUAUCGAUAUUUCUGCUUAGAGCAGUAUCUUAAAAUUAAGGUUUUGAGAGAAAUUGGCCAUCUAUCAUUGCAGUAAGACGAGCCUGACAAGAGGUAUUUUCUCUAAACACCGUGGAGAAGGAAAAUGAACCCUGGGGUCUGUGUCUGAAUGUUGCACGUGAAAGACGGUGGAACUAUUGUCCACUCUUCGGAGUAUUAUUCAAGGUAAAUGUAUAAGUUCAAGAUAAUUUAUAUCAAAACAUCAAAUUCAUGCAGUUAAAUUUAUGAGCAAGGGAUCAAUAAACAACCAUUCUUCAUAAUAAAUCUGAAUUGAAUGUUUUAUUUUCUGAUUGUUUGUUUUCCUUUAAGGUAUACGGUAUCUGUGGUACCCUUUGUUUGGAAGAAUUUACAAAAUUUGCUGACAACUUCAAAAGUUCUACAAUGUGAUCCCAAGAGCCAAACUGAUGGAAAGCAACCAUUUAUGAUGAAGAUUAUUGGUGAAAUGGAGCAAGUGUACUUUGAAAACACUACUAGACAUACAAUGCUGAGUACUUGUUACAAUAUUCAUUUGAGGCCUACUGUUAUCUUCAAGAACCACCUUCCUGUUCAAAUUGUUGUGUGUCUAGCCAAUACAUCAGUAGAAUCAAAGUUGGGUACUGGCCAACGUUUGCAACUACCUACAGCCGAACCUGGAAAAUGCAGUCUUAUUGUUCGGAUACCCGAGUACCUUGAGAAGGAAUGGUCAUGUGAUCAUGAACUUGAAGCAAACUCUGCUGAAUAUGCAGUAUGGACAUUUGGUGCUUUUGACAGUCAGCAACGUGUUUCACUUGAUCUAGGAAUGCGAACAAUACAGCAACUGGGAAGUACUGUGAUGACCUUGUACUGUCCCUAUUGGAUGCUAAAUAAAACAGGACUUCUGCUUACCUACAGAAAAUCUCGUAAACCUGGCCAUGAAUCAUCUGGAAGCCCUUUGAAGCAAAUCGAUGAUUCUGCAAAUGUCCUCUACCAUCCAGAGCAUUUCAAAGGGCCAAUAAUGUUCUCCUUCAAAGCAAAAUCAUUCUUUGGAAAAAAGAAAGCUAGCAUAAAAGUAGAAGAUAGUGAAUGGUCAGAUAAGUUUCCAUUGGAUGUUGCAGGCAGUUCAGGAUUGGUUCACUGUAAACAUGCUGAUCUUGUUUACAAGAUUGGGGUGUACAUUCAGUUAACGUAUUCUUCACUAACCAAACAAGUUAUUUUUACUCCAUAUUAUGUGUUAUUGAACUCAGCUUCAUUUUCAAUUGAAGUUCAAGAAGCUGAGAGGCCAGCUGAUCCCUGGAUUAUAGUUGAACCAAAUGGUUGUUCUCCUUUCUGGCCACGAAGCAGUAAUACUAAACAUCUUCGAGCACGUGUUGCUGGCAGUUCAGAAAUGACAGCUUCAUUUUCUUACGACACUGUGUAUACUACUUUGUUGCGGCUAGAUAACAAGUAUGGAGGUCUGAAUGUGGAUGUCCAAAUGGCUGAAGGCUCUGUGUAUAUCUCAUUCAUGGCUUAUGAACCUGGUUUGGCUCCUGCACUAAUUAUGAACAAUCUUGAUGUCCCAGUAUCUUAUCAUGAAGAGGAUGACAGUACCCCGAAGUUCCUAGAGCCAAAGAAUGGGGUCAUGUUCACAUGGACAAAUCCAUUAGGUACAAAAACUCUUAUUUGGGCCAACCACAAGAAGAAGCAGAUUUCAGAUGAUUUACGCAAGGAUGGAAUUGGAGAAUUUGCACCUGCUGUUGAUAAAAGAGCUUACUGGGUAAGCUUCUUGGAUGGCAUGCAGCGUAUUCUGCUGUUUACUUACGACUUAAAUGUUGCUCGUGAUGCUCAAUCAGCUGGAGAAAUGGAACGGAUUGAUCAGGAAAUCACACUAGCUAUUCAUGGAGUUGGAUUGUCUCUUGUAAAUAAUUACAGUGGUCUAGAAAAUUUGUACUGCUGCCUUGCUAGCUCUGGUGUCAUAUGGGAAAUGUGUAAACUUAAUCAGAAAAGAUUUAAGCCUUUAAAUGUCAUGGAUACUCGACUUGUGGAAGAAGCUUAUGUUCGUUAUCAACAAGAUCUUGUUCUUGGAGAAAUUCCAACUGUUCAAACGUUAGAAAAUGGAAUGGAGGUUGACUUCGAGAAGGGAGAGUUGAUUAAACCACAUCGUCGACGUCUGAAACGUACCUACAAUACUGGUCUUUGGUUGCAAAUGAAGACUUCAAAACAUCAAAUGCAAUUGCAUGCAAAGGUGAAUCGCUUGCAAGUGGACAACCAAAUGCCAGAUUGUAUUUUCCCUGUUGUGGUAGCCCCUGUCCCUUUGCCUCGCAGCAUAUCUGCCAACAGUGCAUUCAAACCAUUUCUGGAAUUAAGUAUAGUGAAACGUUUGAUGGAACAUUCACCUGUUGUUCAGUAUAAAUAUUUCAAGGCUCUUGUACAAGAAUUUCACAUUAAGGUGGAUAUUGGCUUCAUCAAUGCUCUUCUACAAUUCAUUGAAGCGGAUGUCUCAGAUGAAGAUGAGCAAAUGCGCUUUGAGGAAGAUUGCAAGGUAAUGAAUGAACCUCUGAAGGCUCAUGCAUCUCUGAUGUCAUCAGCAGAACAGAAGAACUUUUAUGAUUUGUUGCAUUUCUCACCUUUGAAGAUACAUCUGAGUUUCUCUCUAAGCUCCACUGGAGGUGGGUUGAAAGGAGUAGGUCAGGAGGCACCACAUUUCCUGAAUGUUCUGAUGCAGAGUCUUGGAGUGACUCUGACUGAUAUGCAAGAUGUUGUCUUUAAAUUGGCAUAUUUUGAAAGAAACUAUACAUUUCUUACCCAACGACAGUUGACAUCAGAAGUGAGCACACAUUAUAUUGGGCAGCUCUUAAAGCAACUUUACGUACUUGUCUUAGGACUGGAUGUACUGGGAAAUCCGUAUGGUCUUGUUUUGGGUGUUGCCCAAGGAGUGGAGGAUCUGUUUUAUGAGCCAUUCCAGGGAGCUAUUCAAGGCCCUGGGGAGUUUGCAGAAGGGUUGGUGCUAGGUGUGCGAAGCUUACUUGGACAUACUGUUGGUGGAGCUGCGGGUGCAAUGUCACGUAUUGCAGGAGCCAUGGGUAAGGGUGUGGCAGCUCUCACUUUUGAUAAAGACUAUCAACGUAAAAGAAGAGAGCAAUUUGCCCAACGACCAGCUAAUCUCCACACAGGUCUUGCUCAAAGUGGAAAGGGUCUUGUGAUGGGUGUUGUUGCUGGAGUAUCUGGUGUGUUUACCAAACCUGUGAGUGGUGCUCGUGAGGAAGGUGUAGAAGGCUUCUUCAAAGGCAUGGGCAAAGGAAUGGUGGGGCUGGUAACUCGACCCACUGCUGGAAUAAUUGAUUUUGCUAGCGGAACUUUAGAAUCAGUGAAACGGGCUGCUGAUCCUAGUGAAGAAGUAACUCGCUUACGACCUCCUCGAUUUAUGCAUCCUGAUGGCCAAGUACGACCAUAUGUAUUGUAUGAAGCACAGGGCAACAAACUUUUAGCGGAAUUGGAGAAAGGGCGCUAUAGUUCCACUGAUGUGUAUAUGUUUCACAUGGGAAUUGUGGUUGGAGCGAAGGAUGUCUUGUUGCUGACUGACAAACGUAUUAUGUACGUUGUACAUAAUGAUGUAUUUGGAGGUUGGCAGGUGGAUUGGGAAUAUACAUGGGAAUCUCUUGCUGCUCCUCCAGCAGUUGUGGAAAAAGGCAUAUUCAUUACAACUAAAGAGCCUCGGAAAAAAGUUUUAGGGAUUUUUGGUUCUGCUGACAAAGGAGGAAAAAUUAUACUGGUGAAUGAUGUUGAUCAGCGAGAGGUUGUCCAAGAGCUUUGGUUUUCUUUGGAACGUGAAAAAUGUUUGUGCUUGUGUGCACCUAAUUUGGCACACAUUUGGUUCUGCCUAAUCUGCAGUCCACAUUGUGGUGUCCAAGUACUUACUGCCUGCCCCUGAAGUCUGGAGUUCAAGAUUCUAAUAAAAAUCUAUGUCUUUCAUAAUAUUUUAUAUUUUUGCUAUUAUUCAUUAAGAAUACUAAAUGUAUAUGCUAUACAUUAUUGAAAAAUGAAUAUAAAUGAUUGGUUUAUUUUUUCUCCAAGAAAGGUAAUUGAGAAAAACUGAGAUCAACAGAAGAACUGCAUUACCUGUGAACAUUAUUUCAGAUUAAGUAGAAUAAAUAGUUUUCUCCAGUACUUCUGAUUCAUGUGGUAGGUACUGAAGUGCCUUGCUUAUUGUAAAAAAAAAUUGACUAGAGAACUUGGAGCAACUGCAAGUGCCUGGCUUUGCCACUAAUACAUUUCUCCCUUAUUUAAUGACAGUGUACAUGCAGUUGAAGUUUUGUUUGUGAUAUAUUUUAUGAAUGUGAAGAUUUAAGUGGAUUCAUUAACUGUGUAGGUAUUUUUUAUUCUCAAAGCAAAAUAAACAUGUAAAAUUUCAAUUAUUACUCGAUGUUGCUUGGUUUAUUACAUAAUUUUUCUCUAAUUAAUGCAAAUUUUGGGGGUAUAUUUGGAGUAUAUAUGAAAUCAAUUUGGCUGGAAUUAUACAUCAGAGUAAAAAAAUCUCAUAAACUGAAUUGGCCGUAUAUAUUUUACUCCGUGUAUUAGCCGAGUUGACUGUAUGCAGAAUUAUCAUGUGGUUUUACAAGAAACUUCAUUAGAAUUUUUAAUGUUAUAUUAAUUAAAUAGAUAACAAUGACCAAAGAUGAUUCUGUGUAAAGGCCAUUUUUGGUGUUUCUGCAGCAAGGUAUUGAACAUCCAGGGAUAAGUCUAUUUGUCAGCCUUGUACACAUUUGAACCAAUGUAUGUGAAGUGAAAAUUAGACUGUUACUGAGCAAAGGAAUUAAAAGCUGUGAAGGAACUAUUACAAGUAGUGAGUGUAUAGUUCAUUAUAAUGAAGUGUCAAGUGGUUGAUUUAGAAUAAAAAUCUUUUUUCAGUGAACCUGUUGUACAAUGUUCAGCUUUACUGUUCUGUGAAAAAUUAUUUCACAUUGAGGUGUAGAUUUUCUUAAAUGUACCAUUCAAUCAAUUAAACGUUGUGUAUUUACGUAAUGCAUGAUUUUGUACAGUUUGUACAGUAAUAUUGAAAGAAUGAUCAUGUUAAUCACAAGGAAUUUGAACUUUAAUAUUUAAUUCAUUUCUAUGCAUUUGCUUCUCACAUUAUUUGUAUAUUUGUUUGUUUUUUGUUUUUUUGUUUUUCAUAAUGUUUCAAAGAUGGAUGAAUUAUUUAUAAGAGUAACAUUAAACAAAUAUUUAGAUAUUUUCUUCCUUGUUUUCUACCACUGGCAUUUAUUUGCUAUUGCACAAACAUUUGUUGUUUUAAAUGAAGAGUAAUUAUCACAAAGCUAUGAUAUUUCAUUUACAAAAAUUUCCCUUACCCAGAUUUUAUCCCAAAUUCUGUACAUUAGUAAGUUCAAGCGGCAAUUCAAAUGAAGCAUUCAAGAAAAAAAUAGUUUUAUAGUGUAACAAACAAUUUGAUGUUGGUGACUAUUUUUGCCCUAGUUGUUUUCAUAAUUAGCUCCUGAUUUAGAAAAACAGAAAAUAAUAACAUUCAGGCAUUGUUUUUUACUUUUAAGGUAAAGACAAAAAUAAUAAAAAUAUUACUCAAGUUUAUAAACAAUGUCAAAAUAUGUCAUUUUCAACAGAAAAGCUUGUAGGGCCCUUAUAUUGAAAAAGUGGAUAAAUGAUGUUUAAAUGUGUAG